UAUGGGAAAUGAGAAUGACAAGGAAGGGGGGGAAAAAACACUGGUUUCUACCCUCUGGCGGUAAGAGUAGAAGACUCCGACACCACGACACAGCCCAAUAAUUGAGGCCGAGAGACCAGACCGAACACCACAACCCUCCUCCGAGGAAAUUGGGAACUCCGACUGAUACACCCAAGCAAGAAAAGAAUCUCGUCAGCCCAUAGAUAGAAGAAAACAUAUAGACGACAUCCCAAACCAAUACACAACUCCUUCCCCACUCCAGAUCGGCGGAAACAAGAUGCAAAUGCAACACCAGCACCAACAACCGCCGCCGUCGCCGCGCCCAACGACCCCCACCGCCGCCGGCAAGGACAACGGCCGCAGACCCACCAACAUCUCCGUUCUCCUAACCAUCUCCCUCUUCUCCCUCCUCUUCAUCUUCUCCCUCUCAUCCUCUUCUCCCAAUUCCGCCUCCUCCUCCGCCGGUACCCGACCCGACCCGCGCCUCUUCCCGACCCGGCAGCCCACCUUCUCCAAAAUCCCUUCCGAUCCCGCCCCGCCUUCCGUCGCCUACCUGAUUACCGGAUCCAAAGGUGACUCCGGUCGGAUCCUCCGCCUCCUUUCCGCCGUCUACCACCCGAAAAACCUCUACUUGCUCCACCUCGACCUCUCCGCCCCGCCGUCGGAACGGGACAGGCUGGCCCUGGCCGUCGAAUCGGUCCCUGUUUUUCGGGCCGCCCAGAAUGUGGAUGUGAUUGGGAAACCGGAUUUUACUUACCGGAGAGGGUCGUCGCCGGUUGCGGCUACUUUACACGGAGCUUCUCUGUUGCUGAAGUUGUCAAAGAAUUGGGAUUGGUUUGUCAGCCUGGGAGCCGCCGAUUACCCUCUUGUGACCCAAGAUGAUCUACUCCACAUUUUCGCCUACUUGCCCAAAGGUCUCAAUUUCGUGAGUCACAGUAAUUACAUUGGCUGGAAAGAGUCUAGAAGAUUGAAACCAAUCAUUGUUGAUCCAGGGCUUUAUCUGGCCGAGAAAAGCUACAUGUUCCAUGCCACACAGCGGCGACCGUUGCCUACUUCUUUCAAGCUAUUUACAGGCUCUUCCUUCUCAUUUCUCAGUCGUAGCUUCGUCGAGCACAGCAUCCUCGGUACAGACAACCUCCCGAGGAUCUUGCUGAUGUACUUCUCAAACACAAUGUCUUCCAUAAGCAGCUACUUCCCCACACUGCUAUGCAACUCUCCUCAAUUCAACAGGACGGUCAUAAACCAGGACUUGCAGUACAAAAUCCUGGAUCAGUCCUUCAGGCAGGAGCCCCGUGCCCUAAACUCCACCGACUUUGAUGCCAUGAUCAAGAGUGGAGCUGCAUUCGCCACCGAGUUCCAGCCUGACGAUCCGGUGCUUGACCGGAUCGACAGUGACGUCCUUGGGAGAAGCCCUGGGGAAAUUGUGCCUGGUGGGUGGUGCUUAGGAGACCCUGCGAACGGUACUUGUUCGGUUUGGGGGGAUGCCAAUGUUCUGAGACCUGGCAAAGGAGCGGCGAGGCUCGAGAAGCGUAUUGUUGAAAUGCUGUCAAAUAGACGGUUCCGGUCUCAGCAGUGUAUAUCUGAUUGAUUUGUUUCCCACUGAAUGAUACCACUUACUACACGUAGAAACAGAGAUCAAGAGCCAAAAAAAGGAGGGGCUGGUCAAGUUUUGUAACUAAUUAUUUCACUCUGAUUAUUUACUGCGACUCCCCCCAGUUUUUAUAAGAAAGAAUGCCUCAGGUUCAGAGUGUCUGUCCAGAGUCCGGACCACCUGAUUGCCAUUGGAUCA